AUGCCUCGUUACUGUCUUUUUGGUGAUACUGUAAAUACUGCAAGCAGAAUGGAAAGCAAUGGAAAACCUGGAAAGAUUCAUUUGUCAUCUGAGGCUCAACAACUUCUAAUGGAAGUUGGAGGAUUUGAAGUCGAAUCAAGAGGAGAAGUCAUUAUCAAGGGAAAAGGAGUGAUGGAGACCUACUGGCUGACUGGUCGCAGCGGCGACCUGUAUCGCGCAUCAAUUUCACCGAUUUAG